AGGGAAAUCAGGACGUGUUCAACACGAAGAAGGAAAUUUCCGAGGCAGAAAUGAACCGACUGGACUGGGCAGGAAACACGGCCUCCACCGAGACUGGGGAAAAACCGCUCCUCCAGGCGGGUCUGAUUCGUUCCCCAACCGAAAUCCCCGGACCUCCGCAUUCCCUGCCGAUGAUCUUUACUCUUUGAAGUUAUCCAUCCCCCCAUGCAGGUCUCGCACCACCCUCCAUCCGGGACACCUGCAACACUUGCAAGUUAUCUUCUUCCCUGUCUUCUCGCCCGCGAGUGACGCCAUGACGUACGGGCCAAUUGCACGAGUCCGGGAUGGACGUUACUUCGGCACUGGGUCGUGCAUCGGUAUAUAAGCCCCGUCCGGGGCCCCCGAGUCGGCUCUCCGCAUCCCUAUCCCGGUUGUACUUCAGGUAGUCCGGUCUGGUUCGUUGCUCACCAUGUAUCGCAUUACAAACAUCUACAUCCUUGCCGCGUUAGGCACCAUCGGUGGUGCAUUGUUCGGCUUCGAUGUCAGUUCCAUGAGUGCCUGGAUUGGCACCGACCAAUAUUUAGACUAUUUUAAUCAUCCAGACAGCAACUUGCAAGGAGGUAUUACUGCUUCCAUGUCUGCUGGAUCUUUCGCCGGCGCACUCGCAGCGGGUUUCCUUUCGGAUUGCCUUGGCCGUCGCUAUUCUCUCGUUAUCGCUUGUUGCAUUUGGAUUGUCGGGGCAGCUAUCCAAUGUUCUGCUCAAAACGUUGCACAUCUGGUCGUUGGUCGGGUCAUCAGUGGGUUGGCUGUCGGUAUCACGUCUUCUCAAGUCUGUGUCUAUCUCGCUGAACUGGCCCCUGCACGCAUCCGAGGCCGGAUUGUGGGCAUCCAACAAUGGGCCAUCGAAUGGGGUAUUCUGAUCAUGUACCUGAUCUCAUACGGCUGCGGCCAGGGUAUUUCUGGUCCCGCUUCCUUCCGCGUGGCUUGGGGUAUCCAGGGGGUUCCUGCAUUGAUCCUUCUUGUCGCCUUGCCUUUCUUCCCCGAAUCGCCCCGUUGGUUGGCCAGCAAGGAACGGUGGGAAGAGGCUUUAGACACAUUGGCCGCGAUCCAUGGCAAAGGAAAUCGCAGCGAUCCCGUUGUCCAGGCUGAGUAUGAGGAGGUGCAAGAGGCCGUGCGGGUUGCCCAGGAAGCUAAGGACGUUUCAUUCUUGGCCCUGUUUGGCCCGAAGAUCUGGAAGCGGACUGUUUGUGGUGUGAGCGCGCAGGUCUGGCAGCAAUUGCUCGGAGGCAACGUUGCUAUGUACUAUGUCGUCUAUGUCUUUGACAUGGCAGGAAUGACCGGCAACACCACCCUGUACUCGUCAGCAAUCCAAUAUGUUAUUUUCCUGGUGACGACCGGUGUCAUUCUGCCAUACAUCGAUCGGAUUGGUCGACGACCUCUGUUGAUGACCGGUUCCAUCCUGUGCAUGGCCCUCCACUUUGCGAUUGCGGGUAUCAUGGCCAGCUACGGUCACCACGUCGACUCAGUGGAUGGCAACUCGAAUCUGAAGUGGUCGAUCACCGGUGCCCCUGGUAAGGGUGUCAUCGCUUGUUCAUACAUCUUCGUUGGUAUCUAUGGUCUCACUUGGGCCCCUGCUGGAUGGAUUUACGCCUCGGAGGUGUUCCCCCUCAAGUACCGCGCCAAGGGUGUCGGAUUGUCGGCCGCGGGUAACUGGAUCUUCAACUUCGCGCUAGCCUACUUUGUGUCGCCGGCGUUCACGAACAUCCAGUGGAAGACGUAUAUCAUUUUCGGCGUCUUCUGCACAGUCAUGACCAUCCACAUCUUCUUCACCUUCCCGGAGACAGCUGGUCGUUCUUUGGAGGAUAUCGACUUAAUGUUCGAGGCUAACUUGCCGGCCUGGAAGACAUCGCGGCUGCCCGACCGAUUCGGCGAUGAGAUUGAGCGUCAGCGACAGAAGACUGGCGGGGCGGAGGCAGGGGAGAAAGGAGUGGAGACGGCGCAUGAUGAGAUGGUCUAA